AUGUUCUCCGGAGAGAUCAAGGAGAUUGAGGAGAAGCUGCGGGCAUGCUUUCGUAAACAGAUUGGGGCAGACACAGAGCAAGCAAACAAGUCCAAAGGUGUCAACAUUCAGUACAACGAGCACAAGGGCGUCUUUCAGGCAUCAGUUCAGGUUGGUGACCAAAUGAUAGUCAAAGAAUUCAAACUGAAAGCUGAUGCAGAGCAUUGGGCUGAUCUUGUGCAUUCAUUGGAGACAGCUGGCAAAUUGAAGGGGCACAUCUCAAUCAUUCAGAAGGCUGCAGCGCAUCGCAAGGCUACGCAGGAAGCUUAUGAUCAAAUCCUGGCAGGAAAGGGUGUGUUCACACCUGAGGAGGACCCACACUACCAGUACCAGUCCAAGGACGGCCAGGAUGUAUGGGCAUCUAUGUUUUCCCGGUAUCAAGAGCCAAAAAAAACAAAACCAGAAGCUGGCAUCCGUGUGCACAAAGGCUCUCUGGAAGAGCUUUUGGUUCUUGGAUCCAAAAAACACAUUCUGGGUGAGCUCCUGGGAUGGUGCCACAAACUCUUGGGCUGGCGAGUCACACUGAUUUUGACACAUGCAGGUGAAGAUGGUGCUUUGGAAGCUGUGCAGCAGAAGGCGUCUGAUUUGGAUUUGCAACACAUUGGCUUCAUCCGGUGCACAGCCGAUGCUGCAACUCCAGAGCUAUCUGAUGCGCACAAAUCCAAACUGCAAAAGCUGCGUGAAGAGGUGCCAAAGUCCGUUGCAGCAGUUGUCGGAUACAGCACUGUUACAGGUGAGCUGCGGGCGUGGACUGGAAAGAGCUCCAGCAGCAGCAGCAGCAGCUCGAUCUUUGAGGAGGUCGAGUUGGGCACUAUUGUCCGCAGAGUUGAUGGAGAGACGUUCCAUGUCGAGUCUGCUAUUUCCAAGCCAUCCUUGAUGGAGACAAUGCAGUCAAAGGUUCAGGAGCAUUUCCACAAGAAUGUGAGAGAGAGAACGGCAACUGCUCAGCCUGAUCCAGAGUGUGAAGCUAUGGGUAUGUUCAAAAAGGUAUCCAUUCUGGGAGAUGGACGUUGCUUUUGGCACUGCUUCCUCUUUUAUUCACUGCACGCCGACUACAUCAACGUUCCACGCAAUCCAGGUGGUGGCCCGAAAGAUCCACAGCGAUUGUUGGAGGAGGUUCGACGGGCAAAGCGCCUCUGGGAAGAGGUGGAAAAAGAGGUCAAGAACGCUGGCAUGCCUGUAGACCUGACAAAGUCCAUGGUUGAUGUCAAGGACGUGGAGCUGGUAGCCACUGCAAUGAAAGCUCACUUUCGAAUCACCGUGGACCCGAAGGCCAGAGCAUUUCAUGUACAGCAUUCACGGGACCAUGGUGGAUAUUCUAUCUUGAGGAGAACACUCAGCAAGGAGCAGCAUGAGAACAAGCAAGCAAAACCGGACCAUGAGCCUUUGCAUGAUGAUCAGCAGGGCAAGCACGAGAGCAAGCCGGAAGACCAGCAAGAACAACAACAUCAGGAACCUGGGCAUGAGGUAAUGCAGGACAAGCAGCCACAGCAAGAACAGCGUGAGCAGGAGCAAGGAAAGCCGGAUCAUGCUCAGUCCACAGCAUCGUUUGAGCCAACUUUGGAGGACCUCAAGGGCGUGAGCAAAAUCAUUGCUAUAAACUCACACUGGCAUGACCUCAUUUUGAAUGGAAGCAAAACCUGGGAACUUCGCAACUCACCAUGGAGGUUUCGAGGGGAGGUGGGCAUUUGGUCCAACUCAAAAGUUCAUGGGCUUGUGAGCGUUGUGGGCUGCUUCCUGGUUGCUCUGAAAGGAGAUGAUGGGAGAUGGGAGCCUUUUGAUGACUCUCAAGCAGCUGCCGAUGUGUUUGUGAUGGCCGACAAAAGCAUAGAAAAACACCAGGUUCCCAUGGAGAACUUGUUACUUCUGGCCAGGAAGUGGGAAAGAAUCUAUGCAUAUGUCCUUGAAAACCCUAGAUCAUUCACACGGCCUUUGCCAAUCAAGAUCAAGCAAGGUGCACAGUUUGUGCAGAACAUGGAUGCAGAGCAAUGGAGCGCAGCUUUGGAAACCAAGGGCACAGAGAACCCAGCAGAGACAGAAGAGCAGCAGCCAGACUUGCGCGUGCUUGGUGUAUGUAGGCGAGAAGCCUUUCGGAUUCUAGACGACGAUGUGGGUCUACUUGUGAAGACCUACAAGAUUCAGACUGGUUCUCUUCAUGUUGCAAUCUUUGAGCAUGGUGCUGCCAUCAUAGUGGGUCAGCUGCAGAUAUGCGAGGUCCAGGAGUUGAAAACCUUGAAAGCCCUUCGCAAAUUGGAAGCAGAUGGCUACAAGCACCUCCUGGAUGAGAACUCAAGGACCUUCCAACCCUUGCGCAACAAAGAGAAGGCACUGUACGGGUGGAUGAUACAAUCCAAAGAGGCGGUGAACCCACCAUUGGUUUGGAAGGCAGACCUUUGUCAGCAUCCAGUAGGCUGUCAGAAACCAAAGAUAGAAUGCAAGAGCUGGGGAACCUCCAAAAUCCAGCGUAGGCAAAACUAG